ACUGAGCACGACCUGCCUCCUGCCACAUCUGGAGACGCUUUCUCAACACGAGGAACUUCAAGUUUUGCGCUUACUCUGCGAACAAACACGCGUUUGCGAAUUAUCUGUCCGUCAGGGUGAAUUUGGGUUUCUCUUGAUAGUAAGUAGCCUAAAUUAUUCAGACCAAGUUGGCGUUUUUCCUCCUUUCGGAAGCUUUUCACAUCACCAUCGGUAGCUUAAACAGAUCCACAGAGUUCCAUACAUGCCGUUUCUGUCUGUCACGGUGGAUAGAUUUAUAAUUCGGCACGGUUUGUGGACAUGACAACUGAUACACUACCGUUUUGUGCUUUUAUUAAUUUAUAAGAAAAAAAGAAGAAGAAAGAAAAAGACCGGUAACCAGGGGUAGCGAACACGCGUACAGUGAUUGAGUUGAAACACGCAAAUCAGACACUUCUAUUAAAAGUUUGAAAUUUCACGCUCCGCUCUUUCACUUGGCUGCCAUUUACUGUUAAAUGCACAAAGUAGACCCUGUCUGCGAUCCUUCUGCUCCACUGCCGCCCUGCACGAUAGAUCCGUGCGUUGUUGAUGGUGACAUGAGUCAUAGGAUUGAAGUUGUGAAAUUCAGCAGCGACUGGUGAUGGAAUGAUACGUUUCGGGCUUAUUUUUGUACAACGCUGAUCUAACGCUUGGAAAAGAAUACUGGAAUAAGCCGCAAGGCGCACAGCUCCAUACUGAAGUGUUUAAGUUAGUCUGAGGGGGAAAUUUAAAAGACCUAAAAAUACAGCGUCGGUUUCUUCCCUACAAAAAAUCAUUUGAACUUCCCACCGCAGAGCUAGGGCGACAUAAAUAGUUCUGACAUGUGGAUGUAAUUUCAGAAGAGGAAAAAAGACAGAUGCAGAGAAAUAAAGAGAGCAGACUGAGCCGGAGCAUAUAGUAGAUUAUAGGAAAUUAAAUCGAGGGCAGAGCGAGGCGAUUACAGAGUUAUGAUUUCACAAGCCAUCCUAAGCAUCGAGAGGCCAGAUGGAGUGAAAAAACACAACUCGUUCCACUUUGAAGAGAGUUAAGUAGAUUAAAUAAUUUCAUCCGAGCUCAAUCAGCAUCUGUCUGAGCCCUGCAAGGACUCUUGGAGGUAGAGUUGCCUCAGGUCAGGGAUGGGAUCCUCUCUGCUUCUCCGCAAUCUGGACUUUCUACUCAUCUCUCUACUCAGCGGUUUAUGCCUGGUUUACACCGAUGAUGUGCUGACAAAAGAGGAACAGUUAGAGUUUUUGUACAGAGCCAAGCAAAAAUGUGAGGCCAUCAUCAAGGCAAAGCAGAGGAUUCCUGAUGGUUUCUGCUCACCAGAUUGGGAUGGCAUUGUUUGUUGGCCUGAAGGGCCUCCUGGGAAAAUAUCCACUCCCUGUCCAGAGUAUAUCUUUGACUUCAACCAUAAAGGAUUAGCACACCGUCAGUGUGACAGCAAUGGGAUAUGGCAGCUGGCAGCAGCCAACAGAACAUGGGCCGAUUAUACUGAAUGUUCAAAACACCUCCCCGAAUAUAACCCAAGCUAUCAAAUGGACGUCUUUCACCGUCUGUAUCUCAUUUACACGGUUGGGUACUCGGUCUCUUUGGGGUCGCUCAUGGUGGCUGUGGUCAUUUUGGGAUAUUUUCGACGGUUACACUGUACCAGGAACUACAUCCACAUGCACCUCUUUGUGUCCUACAUGCUAAGAGCUAUAAGCAUUUUUGUAAAAGACGUUGUUCUCUACUCCGGAUCGACAUUAGACAUGGAAGGAGUCAGUGUGGAAGACAUCAAGUCUAUUUCUGAAGCCUCACAAACCGACAAAACACAUUUUAUUACCUGUAAGGUGGUCGUGACCUUGUUUAUGUACUUCCUGGCAACUAAUUACUACUGGAUUCUCGUGGAGGGUCUCUACCUCCACAGUCUCAUUUUUAUGACCUUCUUCUCCAAUAGAAAGUGCCUGUGGGGAUUUACUGUGAUUGGAUGGGGUGUACCAGCUGUGUUUGUAACCAUUUGGGCAACUGUGAGAGCCAUGUUUGCAGACACAGAGUGUUGGAACCUAAGCGCAGGCAAUUUUAAAUGGAUAUAUCAAAUGCCCAUCGUGGUUGCUGUAGUGAUUAAUUUUCUGCUAUUUCUGAACAUCGUCCGAGUCCUGGCAACUAAACUGCGAGAAACAAAUGCUAGAAGGUGUGACACCAGACAACAGUACAGAAAACUGUUGAAGUCCACGCUGGUGCUGAUGCCUCUGUUUGGCGUCCACUACAUCAUAUUCAUUGCCAUGCCAUAUACAGAGGUGCAUGGGAUUCCAUGGUUGAUCCAAAUGCAUUACGAGAUGCUCUCAAACUCCUUCCAGGGAUUCCUAGUGGCAAUUAUAUACUGCUUUUGUAAUGGAGAGGUGCAAGCUGAGAUAAAAAAGUCCUGGAGCAGGAGAACUCUAGCCCUGGACUUCAAAAGAAAAGCUCGAAGCGGCAGUAACACUUACAGCUAUGGACCUAUGGUAUCACACACCAGUGUUACCAAUGUCACUGCCAGAGGACCGCUGGGCCUCCACCUCACCACGAGGCUGGGACCGGCGCCUGUGAAUGGGCACAGGAACCUCCCUGGGUAUGUGAAAAAUGGCUCCGUGUCAGAGAACUCUAUACCGUCAUCGGGACAGGAGCUCCACAUUCCAGCCGAAGAGCAUUCUGCGCAUACUCGGCCUUGUGAGGACGAAAAACCCUCGCCCGUGGUUGAGGAGGAGAGGGAGACAGUCAUGUGACCUGCAGGACACUGUCUUUGUCGGUGAAAAUCGAGGAAAGAAAAUCAUCACGAAACAGUCUCAGGAUGCCUGCAUGCAUCGACACUGCCAGUUUUUUUCUCCUGUGAAUUGAGCCGGAACAUUGCCAAGCGAUGAGGCUCGAGGCAGAAAGGCCGUAUCGCUUUUGCGGGCUUAUUUGAUGGGUGAUGACUGUCAUUGUUGCAGCAAAUAACUCUUUCACCAACCGCCUGCCACACUGAAUGUGUAAAAUGUUGAGAAGAGGACUGCCGUUCUUUACUUCUUAUUCACUGCCAUAACUGUUGUUAUCCUUCAUUUAUGUUUCCUCUGGAAGCAAUCAUCUUGUGGUCAUUUUUUUUUUGUGCAUAAGUAAAAACUGGGGUUUUGUAGUUACUACAAUGGCCAAGAAUACCCUUAAUCACCAAAGUAAAGCCAGGUGGGUACUGAGCACUCUCAGAGGCAAAAAUGUUGGCAAUUUAAUCAGGAAGUUUUGAAUGAAGAUUACGUGUGGCUUUAAAACUAUUAAUCCUACUUGUUGAGACGUGUUCAUGUUUCCUGGUGUGGAAUCUCAUUUGUUCUGCAUUGGAUUAAAUCCACUUCAGCGUAAAAGGGAAGUUACUCAGGUAAUUGAAGUCCUCUGUUGUUGCACACCUAUUUUUAUACUGUUCAAGUGGUGUUUUAGCAUAGUCAGCUUUUUGCUCCAGAGGAUCCAUGUGUGUCAUAAAAGAUUAUUUUGUGUUUCUCUUCCGUUCACACACACCUCCCCCCACCCAGUAUUCAGUCCUCUGACUCCACAGAUUUUGAAUGGUUAAAAUGAAUGUACUAGUUUUUAGUUUUUUGUCCAUAUAAAAUGUUAAUACUCACACGGCUAAACUAAAAACACCAAAGUAAGAAUGUCUUUGCAGACAACCCUUUUCUCUGAGUAACGUCAUGUAACUCAAAGGAAAACUGUAUAUACUGGAUAUAUUCUCAAAGUUGUCAAAAGAUGAAGCCCUAUUAGAAGGCACAGGAUGGAGGCAACAGUCUUAUUAAUAUUCCAGAGGAAUAUUAAUUUAAGGAGGAAACGAAGAGUCUUAAAUUCCCCGUGGGAUUCUAGGAGUGAUAUUUGUGAUGCUCUAGAGAAAAAAAACUGAAGUUACUACUACACAGUAUUUUUUACAGGUAGUCAGUCCAGUGUUGUGCUGCUUCUAUGAUGUAUAUACGAGUCACGAUGUUUACAAAAAUCAGAGAUACAUUCUAAUUGUGAGCUUAAAGUGUUCCUAUGUAUGGAUAUGUUAUAUGUUAUAAAGCUGUUUUGAUGUUUUUUUUUUCAUGUAUUGGUUUAUGGGAUGUUGGCAAUAUUUGGUUAUGUACAUAGGCCAAAACAGAACAGUUGAAUAUCUUUGUAAUUUACUAUACUUAGCCUGCAUGAUUGGCAGGGUAGCUCACAUGAUCUAUUAUACCAAAGAGAAAAGACAUGAUAAGCUGCCAGAAAAGAGGUUAUACUGAAGAUUUUAUUUGUAUUAUCCUCCACCAUCACGUUUACAGUGACCAGAUUGUCUUAAUUUUGCAGUAAUAUUUUAUUUUUUUCUUGUCUUUAAAAAAAUCUUUCGUUUCAUGUAAAUAGCAGUGAAAGAUUCAAAACACCUAGACACAGAGUAACAACAGACCAAAGCCUUUAAUAUUACAUUUGUUGUUAAAUCCUUAACAUUGAAACUAUGUUUCAAGAUCUAACAUUAGAAUGAUUCUGAAUGUCACAAAAUUUUCAAGCAGCAGCUGGCCAAAUUUCUACAUAUUCUCAAGUAAAUACUAUUUAACUGUAAGCUCCCCUGCAUGGCUCUUUGGGUCAUUUCACACUUAGUUAGCCACCUCUUUAACUUAAAUUCUCAUCUGCUCAAGUUACUGCUUACAGUACAAACUGGAUCCAAUAGCACUAGAAUGAAAUCAACUUUACACACCGACUGUUUACCCUUUUAGCAAGUAUUUAAUGUUUUUAACAUGCUUCAUAUUUUGCUAUUAUAUAUAAAAGACCAAAACCAAGAAUGAUUGAACUUAAAAUUUCAGUGUCAUAUAACAAAUUCCCGUUUGUCAUAGAGCUCCUAGCUGCUUUUGACAGUCAAAAGGAACAUUUUCAUUCUGCUAUAAUUAUGACGUAAGCUUGACUGGAUUGACUACAAUAGUAAUUACAGGUGGCUGCAUGCCGCAGUGAUGAAAAUAGAAAAAGACAGACUGAGGGAAACCUUUAUAAAGUCAUGUUACCGUACCUUGCUGCCACAGAAGAUUUAAAUAUCUAUCAUCCAUUUGUAUCCUUUAUAAUGGGUAAUUUAAUGCAUUUCUCCCAGGCUUGUGACAACUGAAAGUUAGCCUAAUUUGCAGACCAUCAAAGGGUAUACCAUGUUACUGUUGUAUAAUCCAGUUUUUCACUCAGAGGUCGGGCAAUGUCAGAGCAUGAAGAUCUUUAUUUUUUUUUUUGUAACUCAAGAACACUUGGAAAAUUCUCUUUGACCACUUUAAUACCCUUUAAUAUGGUGUUUUGUUCUGAUUGUAUUAUGUAAAAAGAUUGUGUUUUGGAAUCAAGUGUACAAUAGGGCCAAUAACCGUAGAGCUAAGGUUGUAUUUCAUUGUUUCAAAUACCUCUCAUGGAAGUAUAAUGUGUAUUCCAUUGUCAUUUAUUUAUCUUGUGCCGAAGUGUACUCAGUGGACUUGACUUUAUAGUCUUCAUGCUUUAGAUACUGUAAUGCGGGCAGUGACACAUCAUUCAGUCAUUCUCUCUUCACUCCUUUGUGAUGUAGGCAUGUUGUAGAUACCAGUGUAAACUUCAGAUGAGAUUGGAGGAUGCUUUCUGAUCUCUAUUGUUCAUCAGUGAAUUGUGAAUAAGAUAAUAAAUCUAUAAUUCUA